AUGGGAAUUCAAAAAGGUAGGGUGAAAUUCAAUGUUGGAGGCAAGAUCUUCGAAACAACCGCAACAACCCUCGCCAUUGCUGGCCGAAAUUCGCUCUUCGGAGCUCUUUUCGACGACAAUUGGGACCUCCAAUUCGACAACACAACAGAACACUUCAUUGAUCGAAACCCAGAUUGCUUCGCAGUUCUUCUUGACCUCCUAAGAACAGGGGAGCUCUACAUUCCCUCCUACAUACCGGAAAAUCUCCUCUACAGAGAAGCCCUGUUUUAUGGCCUUCUUGACCAUGUCAGGUCAGCUAAAUGGGGCCCAUUCGACGGCAAUAGGCUCCGGCUAGAUCAGUCGGUAACGGGCCGGGCCCCAGGCGAUGGCACGGCCAUUCGGGCUGGCCCGGGUGGCGGGUGCUGUGUGGCACAUGGUAGUAUGGUACAUGUGUAUGAUUGGAUGCUAGAAGAGCACCCUCCAAUAAAUCUUGAUUACCAAAGAGUUAAUGAUGCUUGUUGGAUUGAUUCUGAUAACAUUGUGAUCAGUGCUUGUGAGAGAUUAGGCCGCGGCGACGGAGGCAUGGGAUUGUUCAAUGCAUCAACAGGGGAGCUAAGGUAUAAGUUUCAUGUCACACAUGAAAAUGAGGUAAAGAGUUAUACUGCUGGUGCUUUAAGUUUUAGCUCAGAUUAUAAACUGUUUUCUAGUUGCAAAGGUAGGAGCAAUGAGUAUGGGAUUGGGGUUUGGGACCAAGUGACUGGAAAACAGAUUGAUUUUUUCUAUGAACCACCUGGUUGGUCACUUGGUGAUGCUGAUAAACUGCAAUGGUUACAUGGUAGCAACUGUUUGUUGGUUGCAACUUUGUUUCCAAGGAAAGACAAUUGUUACAUUAGUUUGGUGGAUUUUAGGGAGAAAAGCAUGGUUUGGUCUUGGUCGGAUAUUGGGGCUCCAAUAAUUGAUGAGAGGCGGGUUCGGGAUGCCAUAGCAAUGGAGGAAACUAGUUCUCUGUGUGUAGUGAAUGAGUAUGAGGAUUUGGGGUUCAUGGAUUGGAGGAGCGUGGGUCAGAGUGUGAGGUGGAGCUCGAGGAGCCGGUGGAUGAAAGAGAAAAUGCCUGAUGAACCGUGUUACCCUAAACUGGCAUUGCAUGAAGGGCAACUGUUUUCUUCGAUGAAUGAUAGUAUUUCAGUGUUUUGUGGUCCUGACUGGGUAUUGACAUCGAGGCUUCGAAGAAGUUAUGGAGGUUCAAUUUGUGAUUUCUCGAUUGGAGGUGACCGGCUCUUUGCUCUUCAUAGUGAGAAAAAUGUGUUUGAUAUAUGGGAGACUGCACCACCACCAAUUAUAUGAUUUAGCUCAAAGGCGUGUGGAUGAAUUUUUUUUCUUUCUUUGAUUUUAGAUGAUGGAACUACUUGAAGCUUGUAAGUUUUAACCCAGAUUAUAAACUGUUUUCUAGUUCAUAGGAGCAUUGAGUGGGAUUGGUGUUUGGGACCAAGUGACUGGGAAGCAGAUUGAUUUUCUAUGAACCACCUAGUUGGUCACUUGGUGAUACUGACAAGCUGCAAUGGUUAGAUGGCACCAGCCGUUUGUUGGUUUCAACUUUGUUUCCUGGAAGAACAACAACUACAUUAGUUUGGUGGAUUUUAUAGAGAAAAUAUGUUGUGGUCUUGGUCUGGUAUAAGUGCUCCAAUAACGGAUGAGAGGUGGGUUCGGGACACUAUAGCAAUAGAGAAAACUAGUUAUAUCUACCUACUGAAUGAGAGUAAGGAUUUAGGGAUCAUGGAUUUGAGGAGUUGGAUCAGAGUGUAAGGUGGAGCUCGAGGAGCCAAUGGAUGAUGGGGAAAAUGCCUGAUGAACAGUGUUACCCUAAAUUGGCAUUGCAUUAAGAGGAGCUAUUUUCUUCAAAUGAAUGAUAGUAUUUCAGUGUUUUGUGGUUCUGUCUGGGUAUUGACAUUGAGACUUCGACGAAGUUGUGGAGGUUCCAUUUGAGAUUUCUCCAUAGGACGUGACUGACUAUUUUCCCUCCAUAUUGAGCAAUAUGUUUUGAUGUAUGAGAGAGACCACCAUCAUCUAUUAUAUGAUUUAGCUUGAGGGUCAUUUUAGCAUAUGGAGGAAUAUGAUUCAUGUUGCUGACCCUAAAAAAUGGGGAUAAAGGCUUUGUUUAAUUUGGUUGGGCUGAAGGAUCAUUUUUUUUUCGAAGUUGGGGUUGGGUGUCCUACACUGAAGUGAAACUACAGUUCAUGCUAGUAGACUAGGAGAUAGGGCUUUCUUGUAAUUUCAAAUAUGGCUUUCCUUUGUUUGAUGUAUUUAUUUGAUUUUAAGGGUGCACUGAAAAUUAAUUUUGGUACAACUUUUUACUUGUUCAACUUGGGUUUACCCUGUGAAG